AUUGUGGAAAAAUAGAAGAAAACGACCACCGACUCUCCUACAGCUAAUUUAAUUAGGCCUAACCUUAACGUUAGUCUGCAUCUGCAAAGCCACCUGAAAUCACUAUUCACUUCAACGUUGGCUAGUCCAACUAACAUUCUAUUCGUAGGUUAUAACGCUAAAGUGUUUUCAAGUCAGGAGAUAAAAGGAUGUUACUUGCUGCAUGGUAACUUGACUCUUGACCCUGUCGCACUGAAAGAAAACUCCUAAAAGGCUGUGCUUCCGCUCUCCAAAUCACAUUCCUUUUCUGCUUGCUAGAAGAUCCACGACGGGUAGCAAGCAGAGUUCUUCCUCACAUUUUGGCGUUGAGGGGGAUGAAUCAGAAGAAGAGGAUCCAGUCAUGGAACUCUCACAUAGCUUACUACUCAAUGAAGAGGCCCUGGCUCAGAUUGCAGACUCCAAGAAACCAAUCUUUAUCUUUGAAUGGCUCCGUUUCCUAGACAAGGUCCUUGUGGCGGCCAAUAGGUCGGACAUCAAGGAAUCGCAGGCCAAGCUGGUUAAACAAUUGACUGCCCAGAUAUCCCAAUCACCGGGCCCUCCGACCCGCAAACUCCUGGGCAAGUGCAUCGCUACCGUGUUUCAAGUCGGUGACACCUUGGCUCUCUACCAAACCUUAAACUUUUGUAAUGACAUCAUUAAGAGCAAAGAUGACUCUCCAAGUUAUCUGCCAACUCGAUUGGCUGCAGUGGCUGUAUUGGGGAAGAUGUAUCAGGUGUUGGGACGACUUACAGGAAACUCUUACUCAGAAACUAUUCAAAGUCUCAUCAAAGCUCUUAAAAAUGCAGAGUCGACAGGGCGAUGUGAGAUAAUGCUCUGUCUGCAGAAAAUUCUCUUAGGACUUGGCAGUGUGACCCAGCCACAGCACAGAGAUAUCUAUAAAGCAGCACGUAAUGCCCUUCAGGAUAGAACUAUGGCUGUUAGAGUAUCAGCUGCGAAGUGCCUGGAGCAGCUGUCUAGUGAAGCAUCUUUUAUGAUAACAUCUGAGUUAGAGAAUGUAGUAUCAUCAAGCUUCCGGGCCUUAGAUGGUUCUAACUAUGAUGUACGCAGUGCUGUGUCUCAACUUCUUGGUGUUCUCUUAGCUCGAGCUCUCACUCAAACACCCCCAAAAGACUCUAAGGCUAAGCGACUCUCAAAUGAAGACAUCCUUAACCUGCUAGCAUCAGGGUUUGUGAAAGGUACAUCUGGUUUCUUGAAAGGAGGAUCUGGUGAACUUCUCAAGGGAGGUGGUGGAAUGGUCAAUAGAGAGAUCAGAGUGGGUGUUACUCAUGCAUAUGUGGUGUUGGUGAAGACCCUAGGUGGUCUUUGGUUGGAACGGAACCUAGCCCUAUUCAUGGAGCAUGUCCUAGGUCUGGUAGCAAGCCCCAAGGCUACCCAGACACAUGUUGAUGCUGUCUACUCUAGACGAUGUGUAACAUUCAUCCUUCAGUCAACCCUUGGUCAGAUGCUGGGAGAGAAGGCUCAAGUGUCUGCUUGCAAGGAACUCUGCAGGAUCAUUGCUAAACAGAUGAAUGCUGUGGAUCCUGAUGGAGGAAGUGAUAGUAAAGGAUCAGAUGUGUUUGUCAGUCAGCAUGUAUUGAUCUGUGCUCUGCAGGAAUUAGGGAGUCUGGUUAGGAGUCUAAGUACAUGUUCUGCUCCACUCCUUGGGGAGUCAUCAGCUAAUAUGUGUUACACAGUGCUGUCUGUCCUCCUGCACCCGAGCCCAGCAGCUCGAUUAGCUGGUUCUUGGUGCGUCCGGUGCAUCUCUGUAGCACUACCAUCUCAGUUGACUAGGAUGUUAGAUGGAUGUAUGGAGAGAAUGGAGAAGUUCAAGAGUUCACCUGAAGCAGUAUCAGGUUAUAGCUUUGCUAUCGCUGCCCUUCUAGGUGCUGUUAGGAGCUGCCCACUAGGAAUACCUCAUGCAAAGGGAAAGCAAGUGUUCAGUAUGGCUGAAGAUCUACUAAGGACAGCUUCACAGAAUAGUCGUAUGUCACUACAUCGUACACAGGCUAGCUGGCUUAUUCUAGGAGCUAUUAUGACAUUAGGUACACCUGUUGUCAGGAAUCACUUGCCACGCCUCUUGCUUCUUUGGCGUAAUGCCUUCCCACGAUCCUCCCGUGAGAUGGAAUCAGAGAAAGCACGAGGGGAUGCGUUCACAUGGCAGGUUAUGCUUGAAGGACGAGCGGGGGCGCUGUGUGCCAUGCAGAGUUUUAUCCGUCAUUGUCCAGAGCUGAUCAGUGAUGAUGUCGUCAGGAGGUUAAUGACUCCACUGGAAUGUGCCAUGUCAAUGUUAUCUGAGAUCCAUGAAGUAAUAAAGUCAUACGGAGCUCAUUUGAAGGCUUGUGCUGCCAUGGUUAGACUAAGAUUGUAUGAAGUACUCAGACAACUCCCACCUAAGUCAUAUGAAGGGAGCUUCAUUCCUCUGUUACGAGAGCUAGUGGCUGAGUUCACACUGACUGAUAAUCCAGCUAACACCACCACAUCCCUCCUGCGCUCCCUGUGUCAUGAGAAUGACUCCAUCAUCCUAGGCUCCUGGAUCCAGGAUACUGAUCAUAAAUCAGUGGAGCUCCAGCUCCAGCCAAACAGUGCAUCAGGAUCUGGAGCCCUGGAGCAUGAUCCAUCAUCGCUCUACUGGGAGAUUAGUGAUGAGGAUGAAGUGCCGGGUCCAUUGCCUCUUGGAGUAGCUGUCAUUGAUGCUUCAGUGACUCUGUUUGGUGUGGUAUUCCCUCAUGUUGCUGAUAAACAUAGGAAUAAGAUCCUUGAACACUUCCAGGAUUGCAUUCAACAAGCUAAAUCAGCUAGACAACAAGCAGUUCAGAUCAAUAUCUUUACUGCUGUGCUUAGUGCACUCAAGGGUCUAGCAGAUGCUAAACAAAGACUGGUAAACACCAAGGUUAGAAAUGCUGCUUAUGCCUUGAUCAUGGGUGCUUUGAAUAAUGGGAACCCCAUCCUUAGAUGUUCAGCUGGAGAAGCCUUGGGAAGGAUGGCUCAAGUUGGAGGAGAUAAUUCUUUCAUUGCACAAACAGCUCAAAUGUGUUUUGAUAGAUUAAAGACAGCUCGCGAUGUUGUAUCACGGACGGGUAAUUCCCUAGCAUUAGGAUGUUUGCAUCGUUACGUAGGUGGAAUGGGUGCGGGCCAACAUCUUAAUACCAGUGUUAGUAUCCUACUGGCAUUAGCUCAAGAUACUACAUCUCCUGAAGUACAGAUGUGGGCAUUGCAUGCCUUAGCACUAAUAGCAGACACAGGAGGGCCUAUGUUCAGAUCGUAUGUUGAACCAACUCUUUCUCUGGUCCUUACACUCUUAUUGAGUGUGCCGCCCUCUACAGUUGAAGUUCAUCAAUGUUUAGGACGAUGUUUAGCAGCUCUCAUAACAACCUUGGGCCCAGAACUUCAGGGUAAUCGUGGGAAUACAGCCACAGCCAGGACAUCAUGUUUAGUAGCAUGUGCUAUAAUGCAAGAUCAUCCAGAUUCAGUUGUUGGUGCUGAAGCUAUAGCAUGUCUACAACAACUUCAUAUGUUUGCACCACGUCAUGUAAAUCUAUCUACUCUUGUACCUGAUCUUUGUACUGCUUUAGGAAGUGUUCAUUUGUUAUUAAGACGAGCAGCUGUAGCUUGUUUACGACAACUCUCACAAAGAGAAGCUAGAGAGGUGUGUGAAUACGCCCUGCAACUAGCCAAGACAGAGAAACCUAAUGCUACCGUGCAAGGUGCCAAAUCUGAUGCAAUAAUUACUGAAACGGGUUUGGAAGGUCUCCUGUUUACUAUGUUGAACAAUGAAACUGAUGCUAAGAUGUUAUCUAAUAUUCAUGAUACAUUGAUCAGUAUGUUACAUGAAUUAGUAAUGGAGAAUCUAGCAGGAUGGUUAACACUCUCAAAGGCUGUCCUAUCAGCAUCUACAGAUACUGAUUCCCUGCCGACACCCAACAAAUCAAGAGAAGAGAUUGAAGUAGAUGAUGAGAAGACUAUUGAUGAAGAUGAUGCUACAUUCAAAGCUCCUGAUAAGAUUGAUACUCACCCUACAGUCCCUCCAAGAUGGCCGACCAGAGUGUUUGCUGCAGAAAGUGUACGUCGAGUUAUUCAGAUCUGUGAUGGCAAUACAGUACAUUUUGAUCUAGCUUUAGCUAGGGAGAUGAGAGUCAAAACUACUACAAAUAACUACUUAGUGUUGCAUCUAUCUGACCUGGUACGUACAGCCUUUAUUGCUGCUACAUCAGAGAGUAACCAGCUAAGGAAAGCUGGUCUGUUACUCCUACAGGAUAUCAUCAAACAGUUUGCUAGGGUUCCUGAACCAGAGUUUCCUGGUCAUUAUAUCAUGGAGCAAUAUCAAGCACAGGUUGGUGCUGCAUUGAGACCAGCGUUUUCUUCAGAGACACCGUCUGAUGUCACUGCUAUGGCAUGUCAGGUUGCCAGUGCUUGGAUUGGCAGUGGAGUAGCACAUGAUCUCAAUGACCUACGCAGAGUUCAUCAGCUUCUAGUAUCAUCCCUUGACAAGUUAAAGGUUGGAAAGGGCGCCCCCUUGCAGCUAUACAGUGAGAGUGCAUUUACAAUGGAGAAAUUAGCCGUCAUCAAGGCUUGGUCAGAGGUAUACAUAGUAGCCAUGAAGCAGAACAUGACACCCUCAACUAACACCAAUACAAACGGAGAGGACUACUCCUCAGACAAACCUUCAGACAGUCUAUUAACGCUGGUCCAACCUGAACUCAAAUCACUCAACAAGUAUUGGUUGGCUGCUCUACGGGACCACGCCUUACUAGCCUUACCUGAUGAUUUCACAAGCCAACUGCCUCCAGAGGGCGGUGCCUUCUAUAAUGCGGAAGCUACGUCCACCACCAGGCCACACUACCUCAAGGCAUGGGCCCCCAUUGUGUAUGCCGCAUCGCUGUGGUUGAAUGCUGGAGGGUUUCAAGUGAUAGAAGAGAAUAGUGAUGGUAGUUAUAGCAGUCCAGCUAAUAGUGGACCUAUGUUACCUGGUAUGGCUGUUAUACCUACUGGAAACGCUGCCUCAAUGAAGAAACCAGAAGAAAUCAAGAGUGAUUACUUUCACCUUAUCAUUGGUGUUUGUGUAGAGAACCUUUCCAAUCAACGUGCCACUGAGCCCCUCCAGAACAUCUCUUCCUGUCUUCAAGCCAUUCAUACCCUCCUUGAUGACCUUUGGCCCAGACGUCAGCUUGUAUCUGACCCCUCACUAGCCAUAGAGCUUCUCAAUGUCCUGCAUCGUUUGUUGCUGACCAGAGAGAAUCUCUCCACACACUUACAGGUCAUCAGUGUGGUCAAGCAGAUCGUCAAAGCCAUGCAGGAGAAAAUUGAAGGGCAACGCAAGGUCAAAGGUGAGAGUAUUGAAAACAAGGAGAAAUCAGAGAAUGAAAAGGAAAACCUUGACUGGGAUUCAGACAUUGGUGAAGGUGGGGCUAGCGGAGAGGUAGUCCCUGGCAAGUCAGUGGUGUUUGCAACAUUAGAGGUAUGUCUGUGCAUCCUGGUCAGACAGCUACCGGCCCUCAACCCGUCAGGAGGGGCUAGUGCUGCUUCUAUACAUAGUUACUCUAAGAAUGCAGGACUAUCCGAUGAAGCUAGCCAUCUUAUCUCGGCUACGGUCCUCAUCAUGGCUGAGCUGCCAUCGCUCUGCUCACCAGCAGGAAGUGUAUCAGUAUUACCCACAAUCCUUUGCCUAACAACCAACGUCCUGCGAGAGACAGCUGAGCCAUCAUUGGAUGGUAAGAGUGCUCCGACAGUGACAUCAUGCAUGCAGGCACUACGGUCAUUGGCUACCUGUUCAUUUGUCAAGGAUCCUAGAUGUGCUAAUGACUGGGAGAAGUUCCUUCAAAGCACCUUGGCAACAAUUCUGGAUUACUCUAACCCAGAUAAGGAUAAGAUGGAGGUUGAUAUGUGUAGUGUGCUGUUGGCUGUAGCAGUCUUCAUUGCAUCUGCUCCACCUUCUGUGUCAGCUAUCUCAUCUCUUCAAGCUCAAGGAGUAGAUCUCUUCUCUAAAGCACUCAAAUCAGAAGAACCUGUGGUAAAAUUGAAGUGUCUUCAGAUGGCAGCGUCUAUCUUUCAAUGUCCACACCAUGAUGUAUCCACACCUUACAUACAUGCCCUAGGACCAAGACUAGUAGAGUAUCUACAAUCUUCAGCUGGAAACAUACCUGAUAAUGAUGAGUCUGUAGCAGUCAUCAUUGAAUCUAUACGUGUCCUUGAAAUAUUAGUUGGCUUAACAGAUGACUCUCACAGAGUCCAGAUGGUAGCCCUGCUGGUACCAAUCCUGAUUAGCUUCCUAUUCUCUGGGGGCGAUACCACCGGUAGCCAGCAACAACAAAGCAAGCAAGCUAGAUCACUACAUGAUCAUGUCCUUCAACGUCUUAUCAAGACCGGUCAUCAGUAUCCUAAUGCCUUUAAGAGUGUAAUGGCUGCUUCUCCAGACCUAAAGACAAAGCUAGAGACAGCUAUCCAUGCUAACCAAGCUUCUAAUAAAGCAAAGCAACCUACAAGACAACCAUCAAGACCCAAGGCAUCAGCUGCUCCAAGUAUUAAAUUAAAAAUGAAUUUUAGUAACUUCACUGGUUAAAGAUAGAACCCUAAAAUAACUUCUCCUAAUAUAUCAUUGAAUGGAACGAGUUGUUCCCUCUUCAAAGUCCAGAGGAAUUCCAGAAUUCACUAGUCAGUGGGUUAACUCAACUAGUUACAUAUAAUGUAUAUACAGAACUUUUUUUUUUUUAUAUAUUUCAAAUUAAUCCCAACUCUUCAAGCAGGGGAAGCCAUGAACAAGAUGAUUUUAACUAUCGGUGUUAACAAUAGUGUUAUUGUUAAUCCAAUUAAGCUUUGGUGUUACACCAGUAAUAUCACUAUAGGUAAUACAAUUUCAUCUUUGGUGUUCACAUCUAGUGCUAGUAUUAGUCCAACUAGAUUUUGGUUUUACACCAGCCACACUGCUGACACUGACCUCACUAGGUGUUGCGCUGAUGAAGGUGCAAUUGUUAUAAUAUUUGUAAACCCUUGUAUGCAAAUAUCAACACCAAGAGUCAUUGAGAUCACCAUUUAUAUUACCCUAAGGAGAUGAUAUAGUCUGUUACACUCACAAUAUCAUUCAGUCGUAAGUCACAUCCAGGGAUCAAAGUUUCAUGUCAUAAGGUCAUCAUCUCAAAGAUCUGACCUAGGGGUUUAACAUCAAAUUUCUGCAUCAGUAAGUAACUGAAAAUGCUGGAAAAACCAAACUACAUCACCAAAUUGUGUCAAUCAGCAUAUCUAUCCUUUGCAAAUGUUGUAAUAUUGCACAUUUAUUCAACUGAAUUCAACAACUAGUUUGUCCUGUCAAUUUCUGUAGAAAGAAACUGAAAUAUAAUGUAAUUACCAAAAAUUAGUGGUGCAAUUUGGAAAGGAAGAUUCUACUAAAAAUAUCAGAAAUGUCUUUUUUUUUCUCAGAAUUAAUUCCGCA